UCAUUCUUUUGUGAGUUAUCGUUUCUUAAAAUUCAAAAUUAAGCUAGCCUAGCAGAUGGCUCAAGACCCAAAAUGGAAAAAGGCUUACGACCGACUGGUUCGUGAGCACUACGAGGACCAAAAACAGAUUUACCUGCUGCAGAGCCAACUGCGGCACUUUCGGUCCAAGCGGAAACGCCUGCAGAGGGAAAUCGAGGAGGAGAGCAAGGGCAUGGACGUCUGGAUGGACAUGAUGGAACGUCUGCGUUGCGGAAUGGAGCGCUUUCAGAAACACAAGCACCUGCUCACACCCAAGAAAAACAAACAGCUGCGCCGGAUGAUUCGGAAAUUGCCCAUGAACACGUUGAAGGAGCGGGUGCAACUGAUGGAGCUGUCGGAGAAGUUGGUGCCCAAACCGUGUAACGACGGCCCCGUUGCGAAGGCAAAAGAAGUCCAGAAUAUGCCAAGGUACUCCGUGCCGCUCCAGAAGCCAUGUGAUGCCAAGACUCAAUCCACGGUGGACAAGCGGCUUGCCAGGAUUAAAGCCGAUCUGCAAACCCUGCGGCACAUACACGAGCAGACCAUGGACGUCGUCGGAGAUAUACGUGCUAUAAUGGCCACCACCAACUAUUUGCAGCGGGGCCGUUGCACCAACAUAAAGAUCACUCCCUAUGUGGAGUCCAAACAAGACCUUUCGAAGUCAAAGAAGGCCACCAUCGAAUUGGAUCGCCUGCGAAGGACCAAACACAAAACGCAUUACACCCGGGAAAUCAUGGAUGUGCGUCCACCAUACAUCCUCGACCAUGUGCCGCAGCUGAAACCCAACAUCUUUGACUUCCUGGAAACGAAGUCUAGGAAAAAGCACUAGACCACUUCUGGUGGGGACAAUAAUUUAUUACGCCAAGAAUUAGUCUACUUAAACAUAGUCUACUUGAACAUGUUCUAUGCUACGCCAAUCCUGUCCAGCUUUCGUUCGUGUCUCCCAACUGGACUUUACUUUACUUAUGGCCUGCCUCUGUGCUUUGUGGUGGCUGCCGCCAAAGGGGCAUCUCAACAGAAUCCCGGAUUGGUGUGCUCGAUGAUGCAGCGCUUGCAGUACUUCUUGACCGCCCGGUAG